GGACACUCAUAAAGGAAGAUCACUGAUAUGUUUUAUAUGAAACAAGACAAGGCAGAGGGGUUGAAUCUGUGGUGACUUUUGUGACCAACGACUGCUUGGUGACUAACGACUGCUUCCCUUUUUUCUCGUUGAAUUUGUUGUUGUAGAUUCAAAGAUCACGAUGUUCACUAAUGUAACCAGGAUAAAGGAUUUCUUCAUUGUUGGAUUUCCCGGGCUUUCACCAGACUACUAUAUACCCGUGUCAGUCGUGCUGUUCAUUCUCUACUUGGUGAUAGUGGGAGGAAACAUUUUUAUUUUAGUGUUUGUCAAAUGUGAAAGUUCUCUUCAAAAACCCACGUAUCUGAUCUUCUGCCACCUCGCUAUGACAGACUUAGCGUUCGGGACGGCGACUCUUCCAAAGAUCAUUUCGAAAUACUGGUUCGACGACAGCGUGAUUUCGUUUUACGGCUGCUUCGUGCAAAUGUAUUUCGUCCACUUUCUCGGAGCGACUCAUUCGUUCAUCCUGAUGGUGAUGGCGCUCGAUCGCUCCAUUGCCGUUUGCGCUCCGCUGCGUUACACGGCGGUUUUCACCAACACCACAGUCUCUGUGCUGUGCGGAGUAUCAUGGAUUCUGCCAUUAUCAUGGAUGGUGGGUAUAGUUGUUGAUGCUCUGACGUUGCCUUUUUGCAAUUCCAAUAUUAUUCUUCAAUGCUACUGCGACCACAUGGCGAUAUUAAAUCUUGGGUGUGAGAAGGUUCGAGAAGUUGAGCUUGUUGCACUCAUUGGGGCCAUGUUCUUUCUGUUGGUGCCUCUGGGCUUCAUCGUGUUCUCUUUCUUUAUCAUCAUCGUGGCUGUUAUUCGUAUUUCCAACUCUGAGGGUCGUAUGAAGACUCUGUCCACCUGCACGCCGCAGCUCUUCAUCACCUUCCUCUAUUACAUGCCGAGGUGCUUUGUGUACCUGGCGAACAAUGUUGGAUUCAGGUUCAGCGUUCCGGUUCGCAUUAUCAUUGUCAUGCUGUACAGCCUGUUACCUGCCGCCAUCAACCCCAUAAUAUACUGUUUCAAAACCAAGGCUAUCAAGGAAAGUCUGAAAAGGAGAUUCCUUGACAGGAAAAUUGAAGCGAGUUUUAAGACGUGAUGAAAUACGUCUAAUAAAUAAUUUAUCAGUUUUAAGUUGUUGCUUUUUCAUGCUCCCAAGAAAAGACAAGAUUCUCAUCAAAUGGUGAUUCACUUGUCAAAUCUACACACAAAAGCACAUCAAAGAUGACUGUUUUGUCUCAGUAAUAAUGGAAUAAAUAAGCAAACAUGGAAAAUAAAAAAAACAAAUGAGUAUAGACAUGAGAUAAAUGAAUGAAUUUAGAUAAAAACUCAAAAAAAAAGCUGUUUUUGUUCAACACUAUCACCAUCUGCAUAUUACCUCUACAUUAUGUUGUGUCUUGUUUCAGAUACCACACAUAUGGAUGUUUUCUGUUGUACUGGAAAGUUACCCUGAGAUAAAUUCAGUUCUAGUAAUUGAAUGUUCUGUUAUCUUUUUGCAACGCUUCAAAAUUAACUGAUUAAUGUCUGAAGAGGAGACUCUCUUACAGGAGCUUUGAAUUACAAUUUAAUCUAGUUAAUUACGGUCAGUAUUUAACAUAACAGACAUUUAUUCUUGACAUAAUAUGACAUAUUUAAUGUGCAAAACAUUUUACACAGUAAAUAAUAAAUGCUUAUAAUUCUU